AUGAGCAGUCUAUGCUUGCAACGGCUGCAAGAGGAGAGAAAGAAGUGGCGUAAAGACCAUCCUUUUGGCUUUUUUGCGAAACCAACCAAGAAGCAAGAUGGAUCAAUGAAUUUACAGAAGUGGGAAGCUGGCAUUCCGGGUAAAGAGGGUACUUUGUGGAAAGACGGUGUCUACCCUGUGACAAUCGAAUAUCCAGACGACUACCCUUCAAAACCCCCAAAGGUUAAGUUCCCAGCUGGUUUCUACCAUCCGAACAUCUAUCCUAGUGGUACUGUAUGUCUAAGUAUCCUCAAUGAGGACCAGGACUGGAGGCCGGCUAUCACUCUCAAACAAAUCGCCCUAGGGAUCCAGGACUUGCUCGACAGUCCCAAUCCCGACUCACCGGCGCAGGAGCCUGCAUGGAGGGCCUUUUCUAAAAACAAAAAGGAAUACGAGAGGAACGUGAUAGAGCAGGCAAAGGAAUAUACCAAAUAA